GCAAAAUAAGUAAAGAUGGCACCUACCAUGGAUGCGGUUAGGGAAAAAGCCCUUCAAGAUUAUCGAAAAAAACUUCUUGAACACAAAGAGAUUGAAUCACGGUUAAAAGAAAUGCGAGAAAACUUGAAAGACUUGACGAAACAAUAUGAUAAAUCUGAGAAUGAUUUGAAGGCUUUACAAAGUGUAGGCCAGAUUGUUGGGGAAGUAUUAAAACAACUAACAGAGGAGAAAUUCAUAGUAAAAGCAACAAAUGGGCCUCGUUAUGUUGUUGGUUGCAGAAGGCAGCUUGAUAAAAAUAAGUUGAAGUCUGCAACAAGAGUGGCACUCGAUAUGACUACACUUACCAUAAUGCGUUAUUUACCCCGUGAGGUUGAUCCAUUAGUGUAUAAUAUGUCCCAUGAAGAUCCUGGUGAUGUUACAUAUUCUGUAAUUGGUGGUCUAAGUGAACAAAUAAGGGAAUUGAGAGAAGUUAUAGAAUUACCCCUAUUAAAUCCAGAAUUAUUCCAAAGGGUGGGUAUAACUCCACCAAAAGGAUGUCUCUUGUAUGGUCCCCCAGGAACUGGGAAAACAUUGUUGGCCAGAGCAGUUGCCAGUCAAUUAGAUGCAAAUUUCUUGAAAGUUGUAUCAAGCGCUAUUGUCGAUAAAUAUAUCGGUGAAUCAGCGCGGUUGAUCAGAGAGAUGUUUAAUUAUGCUCGGGAUCAUCAACCUUGCAUUAUAUUCAUGGAUGAAAUUGAUGCGAUUGGUGGUCGCAGAUUCUCUGAAGGUACAAGUGCCGACAGAGAAAUUCAGAGAACCUUAAUGGAGCUUUUAAAUCAAAUGGAUGGUUUUGAUUCUUUGGGCCAAGUCAAAAUGAUCAUGGCUACAAACAGACCAGACACCUUGGACCCAGCUUUAUUACGACCUGGUAGAUUAGACAGGAAAAUUGAAAUCCCAUUACCCAAUGAGCAAGCACGUUUAGAAAUUUUGAAGAUUCAUGCUGCCCCCAUAUCUAAGCAUGGAGAAAUUGAUUAUGAAGCAGUAGUUAAACUUUCUGAUGGAUUCAAUGGUGCUGAUUUGAGGAAUGUAUGCACUGAAGCAGGACUGUUUGCAAUAAGAUUAGAAAGGGAAUAUGUAGUCCAAGAAGACUUUAUGAAAGCAGUGAGAAAAGUCUCAGAUAAUAAGAAACUUGAAUCCAAGUUAGAUUACAAACCAGUUUAAUUGAUAUACACAUACAUUAAUUAUAUUAACUUUAAAACACAACUGAUUACUCAUUAAUGAAUGUGUGGUUCAAUAAAACAAAUUUACUUUAUUGUAAUACUAUUUGUAUUUUAUAAU